AUGGCCCGGCUCGAGCCUUUGGAUGGAUACGACAAUGUGUACCUCUGGAAAUACCUUCCUUCUGUUCCACCGGGAAUCACAUUUCUUGUGCUAUUCACUGCCGCCACCAUUCCUUACAGCUGGCGCAUGGUUAGAACACGGUCCUGGUUCUGCAUCCCUUUCGCUUUUGGCGGAAUUUGUCAAAUAAUAGGCUACGCCACCCGCAUAUAUUCGCACUACUUUACCAAUCAGCUCGCGCCCUACGCGAUCCAAAGCAGCUUCAUCCUCCUUGCGCCCGUCUUCUACGCUGCCACCAUCUACAUGAUGCUCGGACGUCUCAUUCGCAGCGUGCACGGGGAACGGUUCUCCGUCGUCCGUCCCAAAUGGAUGACCGUGGUGUUUGUCACCGGCGACUUCCUCUCGCUAAACAUACAGGGGGAUGGUGCCGGGCUGACAGUCAAGCAAAAGACGAAGCAAAUGGGGGAAGAUAUCGUCAUCGCGGGCCUACUUCUCCAGGUCUUUGUGUUUGGAUUCUUCGUGGUCGCCGCGGUCGUGUUCCACCUGAGGAUGCGGAGACAUACCACCAAGGAUUCCACUUUGACGUCCCCUGUGCCGUGGGGACAGGUAUUGAUGGUCCUCUAUGCCUGCAGUGGUCUCAUCAUGGUCAGAUCCAUCUACCGCAUCGUCGAGUACGUGAUGGGUAUGGAUGCGUAUUUGCUCUCCAACGAGUGGCCAACGUACGUCUUCGAUGCCGCGCCCAUGUGGGUUGUCCAGGUCAUUUCCUUCGUCUGGUUCCCGGACAUGUUGCAGCUUAAACGACCCGACAGCCCCGAGGAUGGGCACGCGCUUGUGGAGAAUCAGUCGCCAACAAAAGAACGCCCGGGUCCGACAGCAAGAGAUCUCGGACGCUGUCGGGACUCUUUCUUUUCUACCAGACAGAAUGGGGGAGGGGCUGUUGAUAUGGAUUUUGAGAACUUGUCCGCACAGGGUGUGGCCGAUCAGAUAAAUAUACGCUGCAAAUCGUCGUCUUGA